CUGACCCAAGGAUGGAAUCUGUGUCCCUUGUUUCUCCAGCAUUACAGGCAUAUUUUUACCCACUGAGCCACCAUAUGUGUAAUAUAAGUUUAAAAGUUUUGUCUAUAAGUUCUGACUUUAAAGCCUCAAGUAAGCUUAAAAGCAGGAUUUGGGGAUAUUAGGUCCAUUCAUUCUUUACUCCAAUUUAUGUUGCUUUGAAUCAUCUCAGCCACGAUCACUCUAACUGUGCUUGUUUACAGAUGUGUGAGAAUGACUAUCUUCAGAUUAUUCUCCAGCUUUUGCCUCUCCUCCAGGCUUAGAGCCAAUUGGCAUCAAUGUACUCAUAUCCUUGCCAUAAGGUUAAGUCACUUCUAAAAUGAUGUCUAAGUUAGUGUUUUGUUUUUAAAUUUCAGAUAUACGGGAACUCGCAAUAACUCCAACAUGGUCCUUGUUGAUGUAAAAAUGUUAUCAGGAUUUGCCCCAGUCAUGUCAUCCAUCGAAGAGCUUGAAAAUAAUGGCCAAGUAAUGAAGAGUGAAUUCAAGAAUGACCAUGUUCUUUUCUACCUGGAAAAUGUUUCAGGUACAGCAAAGAGUUUCACCUUCUCUGUUGAGCAAAUCAACCAUGUGGCAAACAUUCAGCCAGCCCCAGUCAUGGUCUACGAUUAUUAUGAAAAAGGUAGGUAGGCAACAACCAUGCUUUAAAACUACUGGAAGUUACAUCUGUAUCUAGGAUUCCCUGAACAACUUAAUUUUUGAAAAUCAUCCUUGGUCUUCAAUAUCUGGGUUUACUUUACAUAUUGUUUUUUUACUCCAUUAUAUAUACAUAUAUUAUAUAUUAAUGUAAUUUUUAUAUAUUUAUAUAUUU